AGCGCGAUACGAGUCGAUUAAUUUAUUAAUCGCCGGAUUGCUCGACGAGAGGCGAUCGAGAGGCGAUCUCGGGUUGCGCGAAAUAUCGGUAUCUUGUACGCGUGCGUCUCGGGACGAAUACAAAACGCGAUACGACACAAUCUACACGAGAUAGAUACGAAGAUCCGGAGAACAAUUCGAUAACGUGUCACGUCGAGACUAGGGGGGCCAUUCGUGGGGAGUCCUUACCAAGUAUUAGUACUUGCUGCCCCGAGACUGACGUCGAGCAGGAUCAAACGCACACAUUCCGCACGUUGUGUUCCAUCUAUAUCGUGAAAUCAUGUUGUGAUAGAUUAUCGAAGAUACAUAACCUCGAAGGCAAAGGAUCCACUCAAGUUUCGUUUCUGAUCGAAAGAUUCCUGUAAUCAUAUAAAAUACUAGCAGAAAGGAGGCAUGCAUGAAUUUUAAAUAUGUGCAGUUUCAAACUGAAAAGCAAGUUGUAAUGAACAAGACUUGAGGCGUGCACUACUUUUACUUUGCAUUUAUUUGUGAAUCAUGAAGCUGUAAUGUUAAAGUAACACGAAGCAGAUAAAAGUAUGCUUAUAAUAGUAUAUCAUCUGUAUGUGGUGAAAAGAUAUGACUUGUCAUGAUAUCGUUUUCGCCUAGUCAAAUGCAAGAUUUGAUAGUACGCUUGUUCCACUGCUCUGUAAAUGUAACUUAAAUAAUAGGUAAUAAUUCGCGAAAGUUAUUAAUAAAACAAACUUGUGGGAAUGGGCAAUUGUUUGUGUAAAGAUUCUCCAGAGCUCGAGACAUAUGGCAGUAACAAUCAUGCACAAAUUCAAAAUACCAUAAUACCAGAACCGAACAUAAGUUUGGUUUCGUCCAGCGAUUCAGCAUCUUCAUCUUUUAAAUUUCCCACAUCGGCAAACAUUGACAAACUUGUAUUAGAGACGCUUGGAAGUCUUGAUACUCUGGUAGAUAACGAUCAUGAACCACCACCAGCAAUGUUAAAAUUGAAUGCUAUUGCGGACAAGGAAGAUGGUUGGAUACAAGUAGUUAGCUCUAUGGUCAAUGUUAUUCCAAUGCACAAUCCAUUAGGACCUUCUGUUAUAAUAUUACUAUUAGAUGAUUGCCCUUUACCUUCAAAGGACUCUGUGCUACGAUUAUCACACAUGUUUCAACUAUCUCAAAGACUUGGGCAAAUACAAAUUACAGCUACACAGCAACGCAAUAUAUGUGUUGUGCUUGGUUGCAUCGCAGAGAAACUUGCUGGUCCUAGUAGUAUAGCAAUAUUAUCUGAUGCCACUUUAGAUUAUCUUGUUUCAAAUUUGCGAGAGGAUGUUGAACCUUAUGUAAUGUUAUAUUCUUUAAUAGCACUAGAAAAGUUUGCACAGACAAGUGAAAAUAAGGUAACUAUCAAGAAACGCCUCAUGUCAGAAAAGCAAAAUCCAUUACUAGAAUUGGAGAAAUGGGCCACGGAAACCCAUUAUGUACGUCGUCAAGUCGGUUUCUGUGCACAAUGGUGUUUAGAUAACUUAUUCUUGAUGGAAGGUAGAAAAUAUUCUCAUGACUCAGUCGAUGUGACGGGUAUUAAUGUAAUGUUAAAUACAAAGGAUGUAAGCGAGUACCUGAAAAUAUCACCCAAUGGUUUGGAGGCACGAUGUGAUGCAUAUUCAUUUGAAAGUGUACGAUGCACAUUUCAAGUAGAUUCAGGGAUAUGGUAUUAUGAGACACUUAUAAUAACUACAGGAGUAAUGCAAAUUGGAUGGGCUACAAAAGAUAGCACGUUUCUAAAUCAUGAGGGAUAUGGUAUAGGAGAUGAUGAGUUUUCUUUGGCCUAUGACGGCUGUCGCAGACUGAUUUGGUAUAAUGCACGAAGUGAAAAAUUUCACGACAGACCAUGCUGGAAAUCUGGUGAUAUUCUGGGUUGCUUACUGGAUUUAAAUAAAUUAGAGAUAAUAUUUUCAAUCAAUGGUGUACCUCUUAAACCGUGCAUUCAAGUAUUUAAAACAGUAAGAUCUGGGUUCUUUGCAGCAGCUAGUUUUAUGUCAUUCCAACAAUGCCUAUUUAACUUUGGAAAUGCACCUUUUAAAUAUCCGCCUACAGAUCGAGAAUUUCAGAAAUUUAACGAUUAUGCUACAUUGAAGCCAGAAGAUAAAAUCAUACUUCCCAGACAUAUAUAUCUAGACCAAUUGCGAAGACUUAGUGUUAGGGAAGAUUCUUGUACAUUAUGUUUUGACCAGAAGGCAUCAGUAAGGUUACUGCCAUGUAACCAUAGAGGAUUUUGCCAAAGGUGUUCGAAACAAUUGAUUGAGUGCCCAAUGUGUAGAGCUACUAUCGAAGAGAUAGCCUCAGAUAACAUAUGACAUCAAUCAUAUCAUAUCAAUGAUGUUUUCUUUCACUACUUCUCUUAUAACAUGCAACUUUCGUGGCAAUGUCUCGAGAUAAUAACACUAGACAGUUUGCGCUAUAUAUUGUAUACAGUUAUCACAUGUCACAUAGUAUUUUUCUUGCAAUGCAUCGCGUUAAUAAAUAAAAAAGACUACAAAUUAAUUGUAAGUGGAAAAAUUCUAUGAUGAUGUAUUAUUAGAAGAAAGAUUUGAACAAGUUUUCGUUUUAAAAAUCAAAGGACUCUAAGCGCAAACACAAAUGUUAUAUUGGAACAAAACGUUUCUCUUUAAAACACUUUUCCAUACUUCUCCAUACUUUUUCUACUAUAUAGAUUAGAAAAAUAUUAUUUGUGAUUUAAAUAUUAUUAUUCCCAA